UACAACGAACUUAGUCGUAGAGGACAGUAGUAGAUAUAAAAAAAGAGUUAAAAAAACUUACAAUAUGGAAGCAAACUUUCUAACUGUGAACAGAGGAAAUGGUGUUGAACGGGCAUCUUCAUUUAGCAUGGAGAAGCCAAGCAUUUUGCAAGUACCCAUUGAAGUUAGAAGAAGAAACAGUGUCCCAACUUCUGCGUUUAUGACUGACUUUUCAGACGCUCCACUGGAACGUGUACGGUCUUUUAGCAUUACACCAAAAGGACUACGUAAUCGUGGAGACAAAAUAAGAAGAAAAAGCACUUUAAGUAUUGAGACAAAUUCAAGUUACCAAAGCAAUACUAGUCUGCAAGAGAUAGAAUCCAGAAACACGGGGUGCAACAAUUCCAAUGACAGUCUUCACCCCAUGGAGCGAUUCACGGUGGCGGUCAUUGGAUCAGAUGGCGUGGGAAUGAAUACCCUGAAAAGACAGUUCACAACGUCUGAGGAACUGUGCAUUAAUAACUGUGACUCGGUGGAUAACGAGGAGGAAGUAUGCGUUUGUUUGGAUGGAGAAGAAUGUUUGUUGUCCUUCGUCAAAGAGGAAGAUUUCAUGAUCCCAGGGUUCCAGUCUGCUGUUGACACAGUUCUGGUAAUAUUCUCGGUCAUUGACGCCCAGUCCUAUAAAACCGCCUCCAGAAAGCUUCAGUCCAUUCGUCAGGAACUUCAUUUUGAUAGGCCAGUUUUCUUAGUAGCAAACAAAGUCGACUUGGCAAGAACAAGAGUCGUGUCAGAAAAAGAGGCCAGAAAACUUGCAGACAAAUAUAAAUGCAAAUAUGUGGAGACAUCUGUGGUAUUAAACCACAACAUUGACGAACUUCUGGUCGGUAUUGUUCGACAAGUUCGAUAUCAACAACAAGGGUGUUCGAUUUCCAGCUCAACCGAAAGCAUAUCGAAGAAUCGAAACAAAGUGGCCAAGUUCACCAACAUUCUUAUAGACAAGAUCAUGAACAUCGGGCAUAAGGAAAUCCCAUGUACAAAUCUGUUCGAUGUUUGAACUUCAAUAAACAAUGAUAUAUGUUGUGGACUGCCAAAGUCGACGAAUUUUGACAUUGCUCAAAAGUUUGCUAGAUGGAAGCCGGUAGUGUCCGCGUUUGAAAUGUUACCGUAAGAAGGGUUAUACUUGGUUCCUGCCAAAUCAAAGAGAAAGCCAAAUGUGAUGGUGCUAUUGACCAAUAUUGUGCCUAAAUAAAUGAUAAAGGGUUUGUUGAGUAUAUUUCAUAGAACCCUGAACAAUGAACUUACAGACUGCUGUGAUAUAUCAUAAUGUAUUAUAUUUUCAUACAUAUUUAAUAUUCAUUUUAUAAAUAAAUGAAAAAUAAUCUUAA